GUUGCUUAUGAUCAUAUUCCGCUGUCUGAUCGUACUGACUUGAAUAAGGUGAAGGCUUCUCUCAUCCACAGCCUCCUGACUCAAGACCCCUUUGAGGCCUUUAACUCUAGAGUCAUGAAUGAUGACGAGUCGUAUCUUGAUUUCAGUUAUGAUCUCAAACAGCUUGCCCAGAAGAUGUUAUCUGUUGGUGGGAGUUCGGUGGUACCAGAUGUGGCUGAUGCUCUUGCACGAAGCCAAUUCCUUCGUGGUAUUGAUGUUGAAAUGGCGGAAAAACUGAGAAUGCUUAAAUUACAGACGUUGGAUGAGAUGGUAGAGAGAGCUAAAACUAUAAGCCGUUGGAAGGAGAUAUCUGAUCAACGAAAGCAGGAGCUGAGUUUUUAUGCUGGUUACUAUUCGGCUCACUAUGAGGAAAAGGGUAAAGGCAAGGGCAACUACAACGUCAAAGGCGGCUAUGAGAGCAAGG